UCAGCGAAAUUCUCGUCUAACGCGUCCGUAACUGUCGCAGAAUCUGAUGAAAUUUUCUGAUGUAUGAAAACAGCCAGCUCAUGGCUUUCAGAUUAGACGCUAACGGCAGCAGUAGGAGACGGGAAGAGGAGGAGCUCGCCGGACUUCUCCGUCUCAGCUGGACAUCUAUAAGAGAAAGGAAGGCAAGAAGAGAUAAGAGAGCUUCCUUAAAAGCUUUACUGGUUAUAAUGGAGGUCGGGGAGUUAGGGAGGAUAAGUAGCCUAAGACUAGGCAGCUCAAGAAUUUGGGCACGAGAUGAUGCCUUCUCUAAAUCCUCAAAUGAAGAAGACGAUCUUGAGGCCCUCAAAUGGGCAGCACUCGAAAAGCUUCCAACCUACAGCCGCCUGCAGAAGGGUAUACUUCACAUGGAAGAAGGAUAUAAAGAAGUUGAUAUAGAAAACCUUGCACCUGAACAGAGAAGGCAAUUGUUACAGAGACUAGUAAGAGUUACAGAGGAAGAUCAUGAGAGACUGUUGCUGAAGCUUAAGAACCGCAUUGAUAGUGUUGGAAUUGAGCUACCCACCAUAGAAGUGCGUUACGAGCACCUCAGAGUUGAAGCAGAAGCAUAUGUGGGGAAUAGAGGAUUGCCAUCUUUUGUGAAUUUUUUUUUCAAUGUCCUCGAGGGCUUUGCCAAUUACGUCCAUAUAUUACCAAGCAGGAAGAAAAAGUUAACCAUCCUUAAUGAUGUUAGUGGAAUCAUCAAGCCUCGAAGGAUGACUCUACUCCUAGGACCUCCAGCAUCAGGAAAGACCACUUUUUUGCUGGCGCUGGCAGGGAAGUUGGGCUCCGAUAUGAAGAUUUCAGGAACAGUAACUUACAAUGGUCAUCAAAUGGAGGAAUUUGUGCCCCAAAAAACAUCUGCCUAUAUUAGUCAGCACGACCUCCAUCUUGGGGAGAUGACCGUUCGUGAAACCUUAGAAUUCUCUGCAAGAUGUCAGGGAGUUGGUGCCCGUUAUGACAUGUUGGCAGAACUAGCAAGAAGAGAGAAGGAAGCACGCAUAAAGCCAGACCCAGAUAUUGAUGUAUUUAUGAAGGCAACUUUAAUUGAGCACCAAAGGGCCAGCAUAAUCACCGAUUACACAUUGAAGCUUUUAGAUUUGGAAGUUUGUGCUGAUACCAUGGUCGGAGAUAACCUGAGGAGAGGCAUUUCAGGUGGACAAAAGAAACGACUCACGACAGGUGAAAUGAUUGUUGGGCCGAGUAAAGUUUUAUUCAUGGAUGAGAUAUCCACUGGUCUUGACAGCUCAACAACUUUCCAGAUUGUGAACUCUUUAAAACAUUCUAUUCACAUACUAGAUGGCACAGCAGUCAUCUCCUUGCUCCAGCCAGCACCUGAGACUUUCGCCCUCUUUGAUGACAUAAUUCUUCUCUCAGAAGGUCAGGCUGUGUACCAGGGUCCUCGAGAGCAUGUCCUAGAUUUCUUUGAGGCAAUGGGCUUCAAAUGCCCGGAGAGAAAAGGGAUAGCAGACUUCUUGCAGGAAGUCACUUCAAGGAAAGAUCAACAACAAUACUGGGCACGCCAUGAGGAACCUUACAGAUUUGUGAGUGUAAAGGAGUUUAGCGAGGCAUUUCAAUCAUUCCACGUUGGUGAGAAACUGGAGAACGAGCUCUCAGUCUCAUUUGACAAGUGCAAAAGCCAUCCUGCUGCUCUGACAACUUCAAAAUAUGGUGUCAAUAGAAUAGAGUUACUAAAAAUAUGUAUAUCAAGAGAAUGGUUGCUGAUGACGCGCAACUCUUUUGUCUAUUGUUUCAGAGCAUGUCAACUAACAAUAAUGUCAAUCGUUGUUAUGACACUCUUCUUAAGGACAAACAUGCAUCGUGAUUCAGUUGCCAGUGGGGGUAUUUACAUGGGUGCACUCUUCUUCUCAAUAGUUAUGAUCAUGUUUAAUGGAUUUUCAGACCUUGCCUUGACGAUUGUGAAGCUCCCGGUGUUCUACAAACAAAGGGACUGCCUCUUUUAUCCAGCAUGGACCUAUGCACUUCCAUCAUGGAUACUAAAGGUUCCGAUUUCAUUCAUUGAAGUUGGAGUUUGGGUGUUUCUCACUUAUUAUGUGAUAGGAUUCGAUCCGAAUGUUGAAAGGCUUUUUAAACAGUAUUUGCUGCUCCUAAUUGUCAACCAAAUGGCAUCCGGACUAUUCCGUCUCCUAGCUGCAUUAGGGAGAGAGAUGAUUAUUGCAAAUACAUUUGGAUCAUUCUCUUUGCUUGUGAUUUUGAUUUUGGGUGGUUUCAUUCUAUCACAUGAUAAUAUAAAGAAAUGGUGGAUUUGGGGUUACUGGAUAUCACCUUUGAUGUAUGCGCAGAAUGCCAUCACAACCAAUGAGCUCCUUGCGAAGAGUUGGAAGCAUACUCUUCCGGGAUCAUCAGAACCACUUGGAGUGACUGUAUUGAAGUCACGUGGAAUUUUCCCUGAAGCAAAAUGGUACUGGAUUGGCCUGGGUGCAUUGACUGGAUAUAUAUUCCUCUUCAAUUUCCUCUUUGCCGUAGCUCUCACCUAUUUGAAACCAUUUGGGAAAGCUCAGCCAACAAUAUCUGAAGAAAGUCUGAAGGAGAAGCAGGCAAACAUAACAAAAGUAACAGACCAAUCAUUAAUAGGAGAUAAUAGGCCUGAUGGUCAGUUCCAACCCAAGGCCAUGCCCAAAGAAGUUGACAUUGAAGUCCAUGAAAAAAAGAAAGGAAUGGUCCUUCCUUUUGCACCGCUAUCCAUGGCCUUUGACAAUGUAAGGUACUCAGUGGACAUGCCAAAGGAAAUGAAGGCAAAAGGCAUUCAAGAAGAUCGUUUAGAGCUUCUAAAGGGCGUAAGUGGAUCAUUUCGCCCAGGGGUGCUGACAGCAUUGAUGGGCGUUAGUGGUGCAGGGAAGACUACAUUAAUGGAUGUUUUGGCUGGAAGAAAAACAGGUGGAUAUAUAGAUGGAAGCAUAUUUGUAAAUGGAUAUCCAAAAAAUCAGGAAACUUUCGCUCGAAUAUCAGGUUACUGCGAACAAAAUGAUAUUCAUUCCCCCCACGUGACAGUUUACGAGUCUCUUGUAUAUUCAGCAUGGCUUCGGUUGCCUACUGAGGUUGAUUCUGCAACAAGAAAGAUGUUCAUAGAAGAGGUGAUGGAGCUUGUUGAACUUACAACAUUAAGGGAAGCAUUAGUGGGGUUGCCAGGUAUAAAUGGAUUAUCAACCGAGCAACGAAAGAGACUGACGAUUGCUGUUGAGCUUGUUGCUAAUCCCUCGAUUAUUUUCAUGGAUGAGCCUACCUCCGGACUUGAUGCUCGUGCUGCUGCUAUUGUAAUGAGGACGGUGAGGAACACUGUUGAUACUGGGAGAACGGUCGUCUGUACCAUUCAUCAGCCUAGCAUUGAUAUAUUUGAAGCUUUUGAUGAGCUCUUCCUGAUGAAGAGAGGCGGGCAAGAGAUAUAUGUUGGUCCGCUGGGACACCAUUCUUGUCAUCUAAUAACUUACUUUGAGGGAAUUGAAGGUGUAAAUAAGGUUAAAGAUGGCUAUAAUCCUGCAACAUGGAUGUUAGAAGUUACCACAGUAGCCCAAGAAGAAAUCCUGGGGCUGGAUUUUAGUGAGGUCUAUAAGAAUUCUGAAUUGUUUCAAAGGAAUAAAUGUUUGAUCAAGGAACUUAGCACACCACCUCCUGGUGCAAUUGACCUCCACUUCGCCACACAGUACUCUCAGUCCUUCAGCACACAAUGCAUGGCUUGCCUUUGGAAACAAAGGCUUUCAUAUUGGAGAAAUACUUCAUAUACUGCAGUGAGGUUUCUAUUCACAUUGAUUAUUGCCCUGUUGUUUGGUACGAUGUUCUGGGACCUUGGUAAACGAAAGGAUAAACAACAAGAUCUAUUCAAUGCCAUGGGAUCCAUGUAUUCUUCCGUACUUUUCCUGGGAGUUUCAAAUUCUUCCACUGUUCAGCCAGUUGUUGCCGUCGAAAGAACAGUAUUUUACAGGGAAAGANNNNCAGGAAUGUACUCAGCUUUGCCAUAUGCAUUUGGACAGGCUGCAAUAGAGAUCCCAUACGUCUUGGUCCAGGCUAUAACAUAUGCUAUCAUUGUUUACUCAAUGAUAGGAUUUGAAUGGACUGCAGCCAAAUUCUUUUGGUAUUUGUUCUUCAUGUUUUUCACAUUCCUGUACUACACAUACUAUGGAAUGAUGGCAGUAGGUUUGACUCCAAAUUAUAACAUAGCCGCCAUAGUGUCAUCAGCAUUCUAUGCAAUAUGGAAUCUCUUCUCGGGAUUUCUCAUUCCACGCCCUAGUAUGCCUGUGUGGUGGAGAUGGUAUUAUUGGGCUUGUCCAGUCGCAUGGACUUUGUACGGGUUGGUAGUUUCACAGUUUGGAGAUGUAAGAGAUAGGCAUAUUUCUGGUGAGCCAGUGACUGAGUUUAUAAGGCAUUACUUCGGGUUCAAGCAUGAAUUUUUGGGAGUAGUUGCAGUUGUUGUUGUUGGGUUUGCAGCAUUCUUUGCUUUCCUGUUUGGUUUUUCCAUAAAGAUGCUUAACUACCAAAGAAGAUGAAGAUGCCAAUAAAGCAUAUAAGUGUUGUUUCCGAUAUAGCUCAGAAUAAAUUUAGGGUUAGCUUGUCAAUCUUCUCCUAAAUUUGUGUUGCUUGUGUAAAUCACCCAGUUAACAAUUUAUUGCGCUAAAUGUAAGUGUAUACCACUCUAACUCUUGUCCCCUAAAAGCUGUGGAACUGAGAGAAGCUACUUCAUGUACAGGUGAACUCAUAGAAGGGAAAUGAUGAAUAACUUGAAC